AUGGAGGUCUGUUACUACGGCGACAACCCCAACGACGACGACAACUCCAACGACGACGACAACCCCAACCACUACGACAACCCCAACCACUACGACAACCCCAACCACUACGACAACCCCAACCACAACGACAACCCCAACCACUACGACAACCCCAACCACUACGACAACCCCAACCACUACGACGACAACUACAGCUCCUGCUUGCCUUCAGGCAAGCGAUCAACGGGGACAGACAUGACUGAAGAGAUGCCGGAUAUAGAUCGGAUCGUGGGAGGGGUGGAGGUGACAAACCAAGGGAAGUAUCCCUGGAUGGUUUAUUUUGGGGGAUGCGGAGGAACUCUCAUUAACGACCGCUACAUCCUCACCGCUGCUCAUUGCGUCACACCGUCGGAGAGGUACACGGUGACCCUGGGUGAUCUGGACAAAUCGAUCAGCACAGAAAGCAAAUCCAUUACUAUCGCUUCGACAGCCAUCCGCCAUCCACAAUAUAACUCAAGCACAAACAACAACGACAUAGCACUGCUGCAGCUGGACACCCCCGUGAAUUUCCAAGCCUUUCCCAACAUCCGUCCUAUCUGCCUCUCGUCCUCUGCUAAACCAGUGACGGGCCAGAAUACCAUCAUUGCCGGAUGGGGCACCACUUCCUUCGGUGGCUCAGGUGCAUCGGUGUUGAGAGAGACAGUGGUGCAGGUGGUCGACCAGACGACCUGCGGAAGUGUCUACUCUCUCACAGGAAAUAUGUUCUGCGCUGCUGCUCCAGGCAAAGAUACUUGUCAGGGUGACUCGGGAGGGCCGGUGAUGGUAAACACGGCCGGAUACUUCGAAGAGAUCGGAAUCACCUCGUUUGGAAGUGGAUGUGCAGAGCCAGGAUUCCCCGGUGUCUACGCAACAGUAGCAAACUACGUGGACAACUUCAUCAAAGAUAACACCGCUAAUGCCAAUUGGUGCCCACAUCCUUGAAGACGUUUCCACUUUCACUUCACGUUGACUGUGAGUCAAGCGAGAAUAAAAAAAAAUGAAAUGCAGGU